CUACAAAAAGAAUUGAAGUUAGUUGGAGAAGUUGGAAUGCAAUAGUGAGUUGAGACAUUGGAAAAGCGCAAAGAGUGGUGAAAAAUAUCUAGUCAUGGUGUAGUUGGAUUAUGCGGUUCAUGAAGAAUUGGAAUUGGAAGAGUUUUUCGCGGGAGAAAAAUCUCCGGAUAAAUCGGAGAAACGAGAUAUUAUGAUAGGAGAUUGGGGAAGAAUCGGAAGUUGUGCUUGCGGGAUUACACAGAGAGAGAAGAGAAGAGAGAGAAAUGGAGGAAUCGUGCGCUCUGUGCAAGAAGAGGGCGGCGAUGGUGUGCGACUCCGACGAGGCAAAGCUGUGCUGGGAGUGCGACGACAAAGUUCACAGCGCGAAUUUCUUGGUGGCGAAGCAUUCGCGUGUGCUUCUGUGUCGUUCCUGCCAUUCCCCCACUCCGUGGAAAGCCUCCGGCACCAAACUCACGCCCACCGUCUCCUUCUGUCAACCUUGUGUCGCCGAUCGUCAUACCAGGUUGCACCGCUUGGUGAACGAUGUUCGGCAACAACAGAAAGAAGAGGAGAAUGAAGCGCUUCCACCGUCCUCUGCUUCCGCCACGUCACCACCCCGUGCCGCCGCUUUACCGUUCAAGCUAUUAAGAAACAACUCUUUCUCCAUCGAUUCCAUCGAUUCCCAUGACGGGACAGCGUGUUCUUCCUCAGAGAUGCUACCCAGGGCAGUAGGGAAGGAUGAAAAGAUGGUGAAGGGUUGUGUUAGUGAGUAUAAGUAGUUUUGUUGUUUCCUCGUUAAUUUUGCUCUGAAAAUAACUCUGUAACUCACGUUUCAUGAUACAUAUAUAUGAAGGAUGUACGUAUCUUUAAAUCUUUGUUUGUUCCUAAGUUCAUUUUCUACACUCGUG